CCCAUCAUCCCAUGCGGCAGGACAAGCGUAACCAGCCGUUGCUAACAACUCCGAACAGCCCUUUUGGAGCCUGUCAGCAGCGUGUCGCUUGGCUGUGCUGCUUCUUCCUCCGGCCUGAGACCUGGAAACAUGUUCUUCGCUCUGAGACAACUCACACGGCCGCUAUGCCAGCGAGCCCCAGUUCGUGUCUGUGUACGCGGCCAGCAGUCCCACGCCGCCACUCGUACUGUGGAUGAAGAUCGUCCAUGGACGGGCCAAGAAAGCCUGGCUCAGGACGACCCCGAGAUGUGGGAUCUGCUGCGAAAGGAAAAGGACAGGCAGAGCCGCGGCUUGGAGCUCAUUGCAUCUGAGAAUUUCUGCAGUCGAGCAGCUUUGGAAGCUCUGGGCUCCUGUCUGAACAACAAAUACUCUGAAGGCUACCCAGGGAGAAGAUACUAUGGUGGAGCAGAAGUGGUUGACCAAAUUGAGUUGUUGUGUGAGAAACGAGCCCUGGAGGCCUUUGACCUGGACCCAGCUCUGUGGGGUGUCAACGUCCAGCCGUACUCUGGCUCUCCUGCUAACUUUGCCGUCUACACCGCCGUGCUGAACCCCCAUGACCGCAUCAUGGGCCUGGACCUGCCCGACGGAGGACAUCUGACUCAUGGCUACAUGUCCGAUGUGAAGAGGAUCUCAGCAACCUCAAUCUAUUUUGAGUCCAUGCCCUACAAGCUAAAUACUGCAACAGGACUCAUAGACUACGACCAGAUGGAGAUGACGGCCAAGCUGUUCCGGCCCAAGCUCAUCAUCGCUGGCACCAGCGCCUAUGCCCGCCUCAUUGACUACGCCCGCAUCAAGAAGCUGUGUACUGACAUUAAGGCUUACAUGCUAGCUGAUAUGGCCCACAUCAGUGGCCUGGUGGCAGGCAAAGCCAUCCCCUCUCCCUUUGAAUAUGCUGACCUGGUCACCACUACCACACACAAAUCCCUCAGAGGAGCCAGGGCUGGCCUCAUCUUCUAUCGUAAGGGUGUCCGCUCGGUGGAUAAGAAGGGGAAAGAGAUCAUUUACGACCUGGAGGACAAGGUCAACUUCUCGGUCUUUCCCUCACUGCAGGGUGGACCUCAUAACCAUGCCAUCGCUGGUGUGGCUGUGGCGCUCAGACAGGCACAGUCUGCCAUGUUCAAGGAGUAUAUCAGCCAGGUACUAAAGAACGCCAAGGCUAUGGCUACAGCUCUCCUCACCAAAGGCUACACCCUGGUAUCAGGUGGGACCGACAACCACCUGGUCCUGGUGGACCUGCGGCCUAAGGGCAUUGAUGGGGCUCGGGCUGAGAGGGUGCUGGAGCUCGUGUCAAUCACUGCCAAUAAGAACACCUGCCCCGGGGACAAGAGUGCCCUGACUCCUGGUGGCCUCAGGCUUGGUGCUCCAGCCCUGACCUCCAGACAGUUCAAAGAAGCUGACUUUGUGCAGGUUGUCGAGUUCAUGGACGAGGGCUUCAAGAUUGCCUUGGACGUCAAGAAAAAGACAGGAAAGCUCCAAGACUUCAAGAACUUCCUUCUUCAGGACCCAGAGACAGUGGCUCGCAUCGCCGAACUGCGCCACCGCGUAGAAGCUUUUGCCAGGCCCUUCCCCAUGCCAGGUUUCCACGACCAUUAGGCAAGCCAAUAUAGAGUCGAGAGGCCAUAAAAGCCAGGUGGCAGAAAGCUGGCUGGGCAGAAGUGUGCAAGGAGAGGGGGAAAAAUGUGGUCGGUGCCUGUGAUUCGUUCCCUUUAUUCUAAUCACAUCUGGGAAACCACAUUUUUUUUUUUCAUACUACUUUGCAGUUAUCCAUCAAGCUAUUCUUGUAAAGUCAUGCCCUCCAUGUCGAGGUAAAGAAACAAUAAAAUAUGGCUGAUUUUGUAGAGCCGAAGAACCUA